GUGCAUAUUGCAAGGAUUUUGAUCUCUAAUAAUUUACUUUGCAAGUUGUAAAUUGCACUAUGCAUUGAAUUACUUUAUGCUUGUCAGCUAGAAUAUUAAAAACUUUUUUGACCUUGAUAAGGGACCUUCCUAUUCACCUUUACAUGUCUUAAAAAGGUCACCAAUCUAAAGUCUUUAUCUUUGAAGAAGGUGUAGGGAUUCCUGUAGAAGAUUGAUUUUUGUUAGAUUCUUAGGUAAAAGCAGCUUUUCUGAAAUGACUCCCUAUCAAUCCUCUUAUCUAAGUAUUGCAGUAAAAUGAGCAUACAAGAUUGGCCAAAUAGGAAAGUUAUAAAUGGGCCUGUAUUUAUGACUCUAGUUUGAAAUGCUAUCCAGUGUUACCUGUCUCUGAGAAAGGGUGCCUAAACAACACAGAAAUAGUUUGGAAAGCAAUUGAGGAACAUGAAAUCAGCCUUUUUGAACGAGAAAUACAACUGACAGCAAGCAAAUUACUCUGUUAUCCUGCUGAGCAGACAAGCCCAUGAAUGCAAAACAUAUUGCAGUUUGCUGGAUAACAAGAAACAACUUGGAAUGGAUCUGGAAUUUUAUAUCUCCUCUGAAUACCAAAGCAUGCCAAUAUAAAUGUGUGUGGUUUGAAAUCUUGAAGAAAGAUUGAACUCGUGUAGACACCAUGACAGAAUUAAUGCAGCCCAAAGUCACAGAAAUACGGAAGCAUAGUAGUGGAGACCUGCACAGUCGACUAAAAACCAGGAAACUACUCGGAGUGGGUGAAACCGACGAUGGGGACGUCCACAGGUCAAAGCUGAGUCAGAUUCUGGGACACAGUGACCAGUUAUAUAUACGCCUCCCUCCGGGACUCAGAAUAUGGCAGGUUGCUAUGGCAAUCAUCAUGACUGUCAUGGCAUUAUGGGCAUUCCUCUUUCCUCGACACAUGUUCACUACGAUGUACGAGGGGGAAUAUGAAAACACGCUGCCGAUCCGGCUUUAUGGUGUGGCUCUUGUAUGUUUAUCAUUGAUGUACUGGUACACAGUCAACACAGUAGAUAAAGACAUGAUUCGCCUUUUGCUGUUGUGUAGUAUAUUAUUCUUCACCCUUCACACAAUAGUGAUGAUGUGGGCGCUGUUCCGUGGAUGUCACAGUCUUGGGUUGUUACUGCUGGGAGGGACCAUUGCUCUGAUUAACUCGCUGUAUCACUGGGGGCUGGGAUAUAAGAUCUGCUUUCCCUCCUUCUGUAGAUCGACCUCCAAGAAAGAGGGCAAUGAGAAGAACAAGUAGACUGUAGAGCAGGGGCAGUAACUCUCUACAAUUUCUUGGUCUUUAUGUAUUGUUAUUGCGUGUUAAAUGUUCAAGCUUGUGAAUGGACCUCAGUCAAACUCUUUGCUGUUUUGUAUUCAAAUUAUAAAGAUUGGAGAAGAAUGCCUUUAAGAUUGUAAAAUAUUCAUACCUUUGUAAUGGAGAUUUGGACAGAGAUUUUCUGUCAAUUGAGAAGCAAAGACUUGUUUAGCUUUUAGAUCCCUCAUAUACUAUUAGAAAUCUGUUUAGUCCUUUAAAAAACAAAAGUUCAGAGGUGCUAUUAUAGAGUUUUUCUACAAAAUUUUCUGAAAAAGGUGAGGUUACGAUUUUAAAAGUACUCAUGACUUGUACAUGUAGAGUAGAAUAGUGAUGUGAAAGCGAGGGGAUGUGUGAUCCUCACCACCAGUAGAUAUUGUUUUGUACAGUAGUGUUGAGUUUGAAUCUCCUAGUAUAGACUCUGUUCUGAUGAUGACUGAAAUCACUGGGAAAAACUUUACUAGUCAUUCAUAUUGUUAUCCCCCAUUGUUGUGAUUUUUCUGUGCUUUAUAAUGAAAAAUAUAUUGUUAUAUAGACUUACAUGUACAUGAAUCAUUGUUGAAACAUUAACAUUUUUUAAUGCAGAUUCUAAUACCGGUAUGUAUAAAAUUCAUGUAGAACUUAUUGUUACUGUAGAUGUUAUAAAUUUUAUCCAACCCUUCAUAAGCUGUGUUUUGAAUAUGAUCCCAAAACUAGUGGUUAGUUUCAGCCGUGUUGAUUGAUGAGCAAGUUUUGUUUUGUAUUAUGGCUUAUGAGUAUACAUGUUGACCUGUUCAGGUUAUAAAAUUCUGUUAUAUGCUUUUGAGACACCAUCCAAAACUAAAACUUCAAUAAUUGCUUUAUAAUUGAAUAUCUUUUUGUAUAUUUUACACACAAUUUUUCUGUAAGAGGAAUUCAAGAAAUACUCUUACCAAACAGCCCUCAUCUUUCUUAAAUAUGUGAAUUAAUCGCACCUGAAAAAUUCUUAGGUUGUGCAAAGAAUAAAGACUUCAACUUCCAAAGCUAAACUAGCUGUUUAUCAUACAGAGGCCAUGCAGGGUAAUUAAAAUUAACCAUAAACUUUGAAAUGUACCAACAUAUGUGUAAUUACUUCCUUAUCCAUUAUUUUACAGAUUUAUUAACACAGAGCUUGUACCAAAUACAUAUUUAUCAUACAUUAUGUUUUAUAUCUAUACAUGUAGUAUUUUAGAUUUUAUGGAUAUUCCAGAACUUUAAACAUGAAUUUCUUGUCAUUAAAGUUAAUUUUUAUAAG